ACGUCAUACUGACGUUUACAACGCUGGAAAAAUGGCUGCCUGGUAGUCGACAAGAAAUUUACCAGAUAAUUUUUUUGUCUUAUGACUAGAAAUUGAAAGAUGUCAUCCUCCAAAGAACAAGCUAAAGAAAACAAGAAGUUGCCAGGUGUUCUGAACCUGAACAAUGAGGUGGUGAUGAUGAGGAAAGAGGUGAAGAGGCUGAGGGCUCUCGUCAUCAGGAAGAUGACCCGGCAGAUCGCAGCCUUGAAGAAGAAGAAGGGAACCGUGGAGGACCUGGAGAGGAACCGAAGAAGAGUCGAAAGGCUGCUGGAAGAAAUCCACCAGAUGAAAGACCUCAAACCAGACCAGGUCACCAAAGCUGCCCUGCAAAAGAACCUGAGCUUUGAAAAAGUUUGCAAAAACCCCAAGUCCACGCUGUGUGAGCGAGCCACAGCACGCAUCGCAUCUCACCCUCAGUUCAGCAAGAAGAUAGACGCCAUCAAAGCUGCUGUUAAGGCCUUCAAAGAGGAGAGGGUGAAGGCAGCAGGAAAGCAGACGGGGAGGAACGAAAAGCAGCCUGACAUGUCAACAAGCCAGUCGAAGGACUGUGAUGCAGAAAAACUAAAAGGCAUGGAGAACCAGUUGUUGGAGGUGAAGGAGGUGGUGGUACAGGAGGAGGAGGAGGAGGAGAAACAUGACAAGGAGCAAGUAGAAUGCAAGGACAAUGAGGAGAUGGAGGAUGAGAAGGUGGUGGAGGUAGAGGAGGAGGAUGAGAAGGUGGUGGAGGUAGAGGAGGAGGAGGAGGUAGAGGAGGAGGAGGGGAAGCAUGCAGCUGGAGAAGAUGGAGUUGAAGAGAGUGAGAAAGCAGCUGGAGAAGAAGCUGCUGAAACAGCAGAGAAGAAAAGCCCCGCUAAAACUGGCACUCAGGUCAAGGUGUUAGAGACUAUGGCUUGCAAGCUCAUGACAGUGCAGAACACAGACUCACAUAGUCUCCCAAAACAAAACAAGGUCAAAGAUACAACCGGCUCACAGAAGGGACCCUGCCUCAAACCAGACAGGACCAAGACAGAGGCUCAGAACACAGGGGAGGAGGAGGAGGACAGCAGGAACCAAGAGGAGAGCGACUUGGAGUUGUCUGCUAGUGAGGAGGAGAAAGAGUACUUUGACGACAGCACAGAGGAGCGUUUCCGUAAGCAGUCCUCCCAGUCAGAGCAAAGUGAAGACGACGACUUCUUCUUAGGAAAGGUCCAGAAGUUCAAGAAGAAGAGGAGCAGCUCUGCCCCCCGGGUAGUUAGGGGGAGCAAGACUGAGCCAGGAACAGACUCCACCUGCCCUCCUCACAGCUCAGACCACAACCAGGCAGAGCUUGACGAACUUGAAUCCAGGCUGAACUCCAGAGCCACCAAGAUGAAGUCUGUCUUCUGUUCCUCCCUGUCCUAUGGGUCCAGAAGGGGAGGGCAGAACCAACCUGGGGGAGGGCGGGGAGGAUCAGGGGGGAGGGGAGGGAGUCGGGGAAGGGGCAGAGGAGGAGGCUUUCAGAAUCAAACCCCGGAAGGAGGAGCCUCCAGGUUUCAGAAGCAGGGUAGAGGAGCAGAGAGGACACCCGCCCUCCCCAGGUUCAGCCGUAACAACGGAGACACAGGUCACCAGUCACACGACAGCAGCUCUGUCGGGAGGGGGAGGGGCCGGGGGCGAGGGGCUGGUUCUAGGCAACAGGGCGACAGGGGUUCUUCCCAUCAUGCACCUGAGCAGGCACUGCAUCCGUCAUGGGAGGCGAGCAGGAAGAGGAAGUUGCAGGGCAGCCAGAUCCAGGUCUUCCAGGGGAAGAAAAUCACAUUUGAUGACUGAAGCUCGGUUCUCAUCAGCCCUGGUGCCAGGUGGCCGUACGGAGCAUCAUGUUUCGGUUAAGACUCAGCUCCUUGUGUUCGACGAGGCUCGUCUGCUCCUUGUGUUCGACGAGGCUCGUCUGCUCCUUGUGUUCGACGAGGCUCGUCUGCUCCUUGUGUUCGACGAGGCUCG